AUGGAGGGGUAUGCUUAUCUGUUUGGUGUACCAGUUUCUGAUAGAGUUCCUUUUAGUGGGGUGGAAGGAAUUCUUGAAUCUAGGGUUGUUGCCGAAGCCAUUCAUCUGAAGAAGUCUGACAUAGAUUCCAAUUUCACUGUCAAAGGAUGUAUCAAAGGGUUGACUUUAAAGUUUCUAUUGGAAAAGGCCUUUUCUUUUUCCAAUCUUAGGAAUCUGGUUCCAACUUUGCUCAGUGAUACUUAUUUCUCCAUUCAUCAUAGGACUUCUAAAGGAGGUGGAACUAUAUCUCCUAUCUUCCAAGAAAACAAGGGUUGUUUGAGGUGGUCUCAAAGGCUCAUGUAUCUCACCAAUGAUGACAUUACUUGGUACUCUUCUAUUUACAACGACAUCGAGACUAUUGAUAGUUAUGAGGAGUUCUCUAAUGUGCCUCUUCUUGGUACACAUGAAGGAAUCAACUACAAUAUGACUUUGGCAAGAUGUCAAAUUGGGUUCGCUAUGAAGGGAAACCCUAAUAACACUUUGUUAGAAGGUUUCUUUUACCAAGAAGGGAAGGACACUCAAGGUUUGAAAGCUAGGAUAGUGCAUGCUUGGCAUAAUGUUCAAUGGAAAGGAAAAGGUGAGCUUGGAUUGAGGAAUUAUGUAGCUUUGGAGCCUUACACUAGUUGGGUGAAGAAGAGAGAAAAGGAAUUCAAGACGCCAUACGCUUAUGAAUGA